UUUAUUAUUAUUUAAAUUUUUAAUGGCACUUAUAAACAUUACAAAUAUAGUUUUUGACCAAGGCACAGCUCUUUUCAAUACUCCAAUUCAAAUGCAAAUAACAUUUGAAGUAAUGAGAUAACUAGAUUAAGAAAUUGACUGGAAGUAUUAUAAUUUAAUAUGUUAGACUCAUCUACAUAGGAUGUCCUAAUGAUAAUAAAUAAGAUCAAGUUCUUGAGCAAUUUUCAAUGCCUCCUCUUUAAUAAGGAACAAUGUAAUUUACUUUAAUGAGUCCUGGCCCAAAAUUCGAAUUAAUAUCAUCCAAAGAAAAUUUAUUUGGCGCGACUGCAAUAAUACUUAGCGUGAAAUAUAGAAAUCAAGAAUUCUUUAGGGUAUUUUGUUUGACUUAAACAUUAUCAUAGGUUGGGUAUUAUGUUUAUAAUUCGUACUUGGAUCCAGAUUUAAUUGAGAAUGAUCCUCCUUAUGUUGUAAUUGAUAAAGUAUAUCGACAAAUUAAUACUUCAACACCAAGAAUUACAAGAACCAACAUUGAUUGGGAAGGAUAAAUGGUUUAGCUUUAUAUUAACCCAUAAUAAUCCAAUAAUUUAUUGAUGUUCUAAUAACAACCAAUAUUUAAUGAUAUUACUAAUAGCCAUUAAGAGAAGUUGAAUUAACAAUAUUAUUUAGAAUAAUAAAACAAAUAUAAUCUUCCUAACUAAGGUGUGAGCUUGUAAAGUAUUUUUUGA